GAUGUUGACAUUGAAAACUUGGAUAGUGCAAGCGUUGUUUAUUUUCUUCACCACUGAAUCUGUAGGUGAACUUCUAGAGCCAUGUGGUCAUAUCAAACCUGAAUCUCCAGUUGUACAACUUGGUUCUAAUUUCACUGCAGUUUGUGUGCUAAAGGAAAAAUGCAUGGAUUAUUUUCAUGUAAAUGCUAAUUACAUUUUCUGGAAAACAAACCAUGUUACUGUUCCUAAAGAACAAUAUACCAUCAUAAACAGAACAGCAUCUAGUGUCACAUUUACAGAUAUAUCGUUAUUAAAUAUUCAACUCACUUGCAACAUUCGUACAUUUGGACAGAUUGAUCAGAAUGUUUAUGGAAUCAGAAUAAUUUCAGGCUUGCCUCCAGAAAAACCUAAAAACUUGAGUUGCAUUGUAAAUGAAGGAAAGAAAAUGAUGUGUCAAUGGGAUCCUGGAAGGGAAACAUACCUGGAAACAAACUUCACUUUAAAAUCUGAAUGGGCAACGGAGAAGUUUGCUGAUUGUAAAACAAAACGUGACACCCCCACCUCAUGCACUGUUGAUUAUUCUCCUGUGUAUUUUGUCAACAUUGAAGUCUGGGUAGAAGCAGAGAAUGCCCUUGGGAAGGUUACAUCAGAUCAUAUAAAUUUUGAUCCUGUAGAUAAAGUGAAGCCCAAUCCACCACAUAAUUUAUCAGUCAGCAACUCAGAGGAACUGUCUAGUAUCUUAAAAUUGACAUGGAUCAACUCAAGUAUUCAGAGUUUUAUAAGACUGAAAUAUAACAUUCAAUAUAGGACCAGAGAUGCCUCAACCUGGAGCCAGAUUCCUCCUGAAGAUACAGCAUCCAGUAGAACUUCUUUCACUGUCCAGGAUCUUAAGCCUUUCACAGAAUAUGUGUUUAGGAUUCGUUGUAUGAAGGAAGAUGGUAAAGGAUUCUGGAGUGACUGGAGUGAAGAAGCCAGUGGGAUCACAUAUGAAGACAGACCAUCCAAGGCACCAAGUUUCUGGUAUAAGAUAGAGCCAUCCCAUACUCAUGGCUAUAGAUCUGUGCAACUCAUAUGGAAGACAUUGCCUCCUUUUGAAGCCAAUGGAAAAAUUUUGGAUUAUGAAGUGACUCUCAUAAGAUGGAAAUCACGUUUACAGAAUUAUACAGUGAAUGACACAAAAUGGACAGUAAACCUCACGAAUGAUCGUUACAUAGCAACUCUGACAGCAAGAAAUCUGGUUGGCAAAUCAGAUGCAGCUGUUUUAACUAUCCCUGCCUAUAACUUUCAAGCUACUCGCCCAGUCACGGAUCUUAAAGCAUUUCCCAAAGAUAAUAUGCUUUGGGUAGAAUGGACUGCUCCAAAUGAAUCUGUAAACAAGUAUAUACUUGAGUGGUGUGUAUUAUCAGAUAAAUCGCCGUGCAUCCCAGACUGGCAACAAGAAGAUGGCACUGUACACCGCACCUUUCUAAGAGGGAACCUAGCAGAGAGCAAAUGUUAUUUGAUAACAGUUACUCCAGUAUAUACUGAUGGACCAGGAAGCCCUGAGUCUAUAAAGGCAUACCUUAAACAAGCUCCACCUUCCAAAGGACCUACUGUUCGGACGAAAAAAGUGGGGAAAAAUGAAGCUGUCUUAGAGUGGGACCAACUUCCUGUUGAUGUUCAGAACGGAUUUAUCCGAAAUUAUACUAUAUUUUAUAGAACCAUCAUUGGAAAUGAAACUGCUGUGAAUGUGGAUUCCUCCCACACAGAAUAUACACUGUCCUCUUUGACCAGUGACACCUUGUACAUGGUACGAAUGGCAGCAUACACAGACGAAGGUGGAAAGGAUGGCCCAGAAUUCACUUUUACUACACCGAAGUUUGCUCAAGGAGAAAUUGAAGCCAUAGUUGUUCCUGUUUGCCUAGCAUUUCUAUUGACAACCCUUUUGGGAGUAUUGUUCUGCUUUAAUAAGCGAGACCUAAUUAAAAAACAUAUCUGGCCUAAUGUUCCAGAUCCUUCAAAGAGUCAUAUCGCCCAGUGGUCACCUCAUACACCUCCUAGGCAUAAUUUUAAUUCAAAAGAUCAGAUUUACUCAGAUGGCAAUUUCACUGAUGUAAGUGUCGUGGAGAUAGAAGCAGCAAAUGACAAAAAGCCUUUUCCAGAAGAUCUGAAAUCACUGGACUUAUUCAAGAAGGAAAAAAUCAGUACUGAAGGACACAGCAGUGGUAUUGGAGGUUCAUCGUGCAUGUCCUCCUCUAGGCCAAGCAUUUCUAGCAGUGAUGAAAAUGAGUCUGCCCAGAACACUUCAGGCACCGUCCAGUAUUCCACAGUGGUGCACAGUGGCUACAGACACCAGGUUCCAUCGGUCCAAGUCUUCUCAAGAUCCGAGUCCACCCAGCCCUUGUUAGAUUCUGAAGAGCGGCCAGAAGAUCUACAGCUGGUAGAUAACACAGAUAGCAGUGUUGGCAAUUUGCCCAGGCAACAGUAUUUCAAACAAAACUGCAGUCAACGUGAAACCAGUCCAGAUAUUUCACAUUUUGAAAGGUCAAAGCAAGUUUCGUCAGUCAAUGAAGAAGAUUUUGUUAGACUCAAACAGCAGAUUUCAGAUAUUUCACAGUCCUGUGGAUCUGGGCAAAUGAAAAUGUUUCAAGAAAUUUCUGUAGCAGAUGCUUUUGGUCUACAUACUGAGGGACAGGUAGAGAGAUUUGAAACAGUUGGGAUGGAGGCUGCAGUUGAUGAAGGAAUGUCUAAAAGCUACUUACCGCAAACUGUCAGACGAGGUGGCUACAUGCCUCAGUGA